ACAGUCGCACGAUGGCUACCGCAUGAUUGGGCUUCUGUGCUCUGUGUGUAUGUCAAGAUUGAAACCGUGGCAGUGUCAAAGUUAACCGCAUUUCUUGGUUUAGUAACUAUUACGAAUAUUAACAGAUGUAAAAUGUGUUAGCUAGCAAGUGGCUAACGGUGCUUUUACGCUGUCUUAAUAGCUGUUAAGGUUGGCAACCGUUAAAAAGGACAAAGAUUAAAGAAAACUCUCAGUCAGUGUGAUGGAGGCAUUGGUGGAGGGAACUGGUGAGAGAGGGACCGACUUGGCUGUAAAGGGUGAAGCGGCCAUCAAACCAGAAUUCCUUACUACCAAAGAGAAAUUUCAUGGGUUUUUAGACUCAGAGUGGCAGGGCUACAGAGGAGACGAAGCUAAUGAAAAUUACAAAGUUGAUGAGGCAAAGGAGACAUCUGUGGAGGAGCCUGAGCCUAAAAAACUGAAAGUUGAUCCUGAAGAUGGGAAGAUUGCAGGGAAACCAGAAGGUAAACGACUGCGGGGACAGAAUAAGUCAAGGCCACACACAAAACCAACCACCUAUGAGGAAAAACGACUGUGUCUCUCAGUUGUUCAGAACAGAGAAUGCAUUUUUGGAGCCAAAUGCCACUUUUCACACAAUGCUGCCGAGUAUAUGGCCUCUAAGCCUGCUGACAUUGGGGAAAGCUGUUACAUUUACGAUACAUUUGGAAAGUGUGCAUUUGGUCUCACCUGCCGCUUUGCAAAGGCACACACUACACCUGACUUCAAAACCUUGGAGAAGGAAGAUCUGGUUAAGGCUUAUGAAGGCAGGAGUGUGGUGAAGAACAGCCUAAAUAAAGAUCUCCAGAAUCGUCUGAGGAAGCAUUCAGUGACCUUCAAAAAGUCAGCGGAAUACCUGAAAACACUUUCCAGCAAUAAAGACAAAAGCCAAAAACAUGGGAAUGCUGAAGUUUCUGCAGAUCCAAAAGCAGAAAAGCAGGAUGUUUCUACUGAAGUACAGGCCAGCCCAGAUAAACAAACUCAAGUGAAGACUGUUGGCCCACUAACUGAUGCAGAUGUCAUCAAGCUGCGCCCCUCUGAAAAGAAGCAGGUGGACUUCCGAGACAAGCUCUACCUCGCUCCUCUCACAACUUGUGGGAACCUGCCCUUCCGUCGUGUGUGUAAACGCUUUGGUGCAGACAUCACCUGCGGGGAGAUGGCCAUGUGCACAAAUCUGCUGCAGGGGCAGCAGUCAGAGUGGGCUCUCCUGAAGAGGCAUGAAAGUGAAGAUCUUUUUGGUGUCCAGGUUGAAGGCUGUUUCCCUGAUACCAUGACGAGGUGUGCAGAGCUCAUCAACAGCUACACUGAUGUUGAUUUUGUAGACGUCAACUCUGGAUGCCCCAUUGAUCUUGUUUACAAGAAGGGUGGAGGUUGUGGCUUGAUGACACGAACCAGAAAAUUUGAACAGAUAGUCAAAGGAAUGAAUUACGUCCUGGAUGUCCCUUUGACAGUGAAGAUCCGCACUGGUGUUCAUGAGAAAUCCAGCAUAGCACACAAACUCAUCCCAGAGAUGAAAAACUGGGGGGUCUCCAUGAUCACCUUGCAUGGCAGAUCCAGGGAGCAGCGCUACACAAAGUUAGCAGACUGGGACUAUAUCAACACAUGUGCUAACCUGGCUAAUCCUGUGCCACUGUUUGGUAAUGGAGACAUUCUGUCUUAUGAGGAUGCCAUGAAAGCGAGAGAGACCGGUGUUUCUGGUAUCAUGAUCGCAAGGGGUGCUCUCAUUAAGCCCUGGAUCUUUACCGAGAUAAAGGAGAGCAGACACUGGGACAUCUCAUCCAGUGAGCGACUGGACAUCCUCAGGGAUUUUGCCAACUUUGGCCUGGAGCACUGGGGCUCCGACACUCGAGGUGUGGAGAAAACCCGCACCUUCAUGCUGGAGUGGCUCUCCUUUAUGUGCAGAUAUAUUCCAGUGGGUUUGUUAGAGCGAGUACCUCCGAAGAUCAAUGAGAGACCUCCAUAUUACAUGGGAAGGAACUACAUGGAGUCACUAAUGGCGAGCCAAAAUGUGGGGGAUUGGGUGAGGAUAAGUGAAAUGCUGCUUGGACCCGUACCGAAGAAUUUCAACUUUUUACCCAAACAUAAAGCAAAUGCCUACAAGUGAUCGAGUAACUGCUGAGGAUUUUUUUUUUUAAUUAUACAGAGAUAGAUUAAGGAGGAAAAUGCUUUUUUUUGUUUUAUAAAAUGAUAAAAGACUAUUAAAAGUCUGGUUAUCUAAGCUAUGUUGCAGUUAAAUACAUAUGCGUUUGGGAACCUUAAAGAUAUACAUUAAAGUGUUUUAACACAUAAAUGUUUUGCUUUGU